AUGACCGACAGCGAAAUCUCACCAGAUGCAAUACUAUCGGAGCUUUCCACGACUCCAUAUGCAUGCUCAUCUGUGGAGCCAUUAAGCGGCGGGACCGCCAACUUUGUCUUUCGUGGCACUCUGCUUCAUCCACUUCCAGAUGGAACUACAACCGUCGUCAUCAAGCAUACAGAGGACUAUAUAGCGUCAAAUCGCGAAUUUAAAUUAUCUGCCGAACGUUGUCUCAUCGAAAAAUCCAUUUUGACAUCACUUAAUAACCUCCCCAGCUCGAAAAUUACGAACGAUGAUGACACAGCCAGCCAAUUCACGGCAAAAACACCCCAUAUAUACUCAUUCAACCCGCUCACCAACACCCAAGUUAUGGAGGAUCUUCCUGAUUCCGUAGAUCUAAAAUCAUUUUUCGUCUCGCCCAGCUCGGCUCGAUCCGUACCCCAUGAAUGGGCGGUGUCUCUUGGUCGGGCAUUGGGGCACUGGCUGAGUUCUUUUCAUUCAUGGGCCAAGGAGUCGGCGCAGACCGAUGUGACCCUAGAGUUAGAGCAAAACCACUUCUUCCAGGAUUUAAAGUUCAGCAUAAACUAUGAUAGUUUGGUAAACAUGGUCAGCAAGUACCCUGAAAUCUUGGAGGGCAGCCGAGGCGUUUUCGAGAAGGUCAGGGAUAUGGCGAGGAGUGAGUUGGGUAGGAAAGAUGGAGAGGGGUUUGGAGUGAUCCAUGGGGAUUUCUGGUCGGGGAACAUCAUACUUCCGAAAACUUCACUGGACACAAAGUGCUCUAAUACCCCCCUAUUCAUCAUCGACUGGGAACUUGCUCAGUGCGGUACUCGGGCUCUUGACCUGGGCCAAAUGAUCGCAGAGUUGUACGAGCUUAAGCACUACAAAGAUGUCGAUGCUGGAGUGUGGAUCAUUCAGGGCAUCACGGAAGGGUAUCCUGCUUUGAGUGAAGAAAUGGCGUUCCGGACGUUAAUCCACGUCGGGACCCAUUUGAUCUUCUUUGGCAGUACGGUCCCUGGAUGGGGAACAGACGAGCAGAUUGCUGAUGUUGUGAGGCUUGGGAAGGAUCUGAUUGUCAAAGCCUGGGAGAAAGAUAAGAGUUGGUUCAAAGGAACGGUGUGGGAGUGUUUGUUCAAGAAGUAG